CCAAACAGGGAAAAAAAUAAAAAAUAAAAAGCAAAAACCUCUGGUGCAAAAUUCGUCGCCAUCAUCUUCUUCUUCUUCUUCUCACCAUCAUCUCCUAUGGAUUCUCAGCUUCACCUGUAAUUCUUCGCCCUCUGUAAUCUCCCUUUUCGCCUUGGCCACUGGGAGGAGCCGAUAUCGAUGGCGUCGUUGUGGAACGGCGAGAGGGCGGUGGUCCUGCUCUUCGUUUCCCGCGUCGUCUUCUCCCUCCCCCUCUCUCUCCUAUCCCACGGUAUCGUUCUCAUUGUCCUCUCCCUCGCUGCCUUCUAUGUCGAGAUCCGCCUCGAGAGUUCCCCUCCCAUCCCCCAAUUCAAGACCAGGCCAGGUGCCUCGUCGGGGAUGCUGUUAGGAGCGGCUACGCUGCCCACUGUUUUGAUCUCGAAGCUCAUACAGAUGUCAAGAGCUCUCUCUCUGAAGAGAAUUCGCCCCGAAGAGAUUGACUACAUAAAAAUGCAGUACUGGGCUGCAUGUGUCAGCUGCUUCAGCGUGCUUAUCUUCUUCCACCUAGUUUUGUGGCGUUCCUCGCGUUCACCACAUUCUCUUAGUCUCUGGGGUGUGAAAUUUGCACCAAGUUGCUUAAGCCUCUGUUCUACAUGUUCUUAUCUCUCUCUUGCUGCUAUAUGUUAUUAUGGUUUGCAGCCAACAUUUAUGCCUUUCUGGGUACUCAGUCAUGGAUUUGCAGCAGUGAAAUUAAUACAGCAUCUACUCCACACUUUUCCAUCAUGUGCCUCUAUAGGGGAAGCACUUCUGGUGACUGCUGGGCUUGUACUCUACUUUGGCGACAUGUUGACCUGUACCUUUGUAAAGGUUAAUGAAAAACUUACUUCAAUGGACAUAACUGCCUCUGGUUUUGGAAAUGGUAGGAGUGAGAUUAGCAUUGUCAUUCAGGGAGUGCUACUUGGUCUUCUUGUUUUCCCCCUGCUCUUUAAUGUCUUGGUCCGGAUUUGGGACCAGCUUUCAAGUAACCCUCUCUCUGGUUCAAGGGCACGCAACGAGUUCAGCAAAUCCAUUUUAUUCUUUACAUCCCUUGGGUUUAUCUUGACCAUCAUCAUUCCGUCCUGGAUGCAAUUUGUUCAAGAUUUUAAUCUGCAUCCACUUUUGUGGGUCAUUUCUUUUGUUUUUCAAGAUCCCCUAAAGAGGUUAUCCUUAUGUAUGUAUUGGGCGGCUUUGAUAUAUGCAUCAGUUUCAAGGUUUUACCACAUCUCAAAGGACAGUACAGUUGAAAGGAUUCUUCUUCGAAAGUAUUACCAUCUGAUGGCUGUUUCAAUGUUUUCACCUGCUCUGAUAUUGCAGCCAGAGUUCCUGGAUCUUGCGUUUGGUGGAGCAGUGGCAGUUUUCUUGGUAUUGGAAAUUAUACGAGUCUGGAAGAUUUGGCCUUUGGGGCAACCUGUCCACCAAUUUAUGAAUGCAUUCACAGACCAUCGUGACUCUGAUUUGCUAAUUAUAAGCCACUUUUCUCUCUUAUUGGGGUGUGCUCUUCCUAUAUGGAUGUCUUCUGGGUACAAUGAUCGUCCUCUUGCACCCUUCGCUGGAAUUUUGAGCCUUGGGAUCGGAGACACCAUGGCAUCGAUGGUCGGCCACAAGUAUGGUGUCCUUAGGUGGAGCAAAACGGGGAAGAAGACUAUUGAAGGCACUGCAGCUGGUAUAACAUCUGUUUUAGUUGCUUGCUCUGUUCUCCUCCCAGUUUUGACCUCAAGCGGAUAUAUAUUGUCACAGCACUGGUCCUCGUUGGUUUUGGCCGUAGUAGCGAGUGGUUUGCUCGAGGCUUAUACUGCACAACUCGACAAUGCUUUCAUACCCCUCGUAUUUUACAGCCUUCUCUGCCUGUAGAUGCAGCAGCUUCCUUCCACCUCCUAACCAUAGAUUACUGAUCAAGAAGCUCGUAAACUGCUCAAUUCUUUCAUACGAAACAGAUGGAGAUGUUUUCACAUGUUUUGUAUAUUAAUGAUUCUUGUGCUUCUCUUGGAGCACACUUUUUUGUAGAUAUAUCACUCAGAGAUAUCGAACCCUGCUGUAUAGAUUCACAAGUAGAGAAAGCAUAGCUCUUAGCACUGGUAAUAUCGAGUUUAGUCCUCUUAUAUAUCAACGCAUACGAGUGAUGAUGUUUUCCGGGAGAUUGUAGAGUCGGCAGCAUCCAGUUGCCAAGGUUCCAACUGUUGUAUUCUGUUUCUGCGAGUAACAUUAGUGUAAUAAUACUCCCUCGGUGAAUUAUCUAUUGAAAUCACUUGGUUAUGCAAGUAACA